AUGCGGACGCACCAGGACACUUGGGCUUGCCAGAUGAGGGACGCGAUGAACGUGAACGGCGGCGACCUGGAGAACGCCACAAACAUUGACUACCUCAUGCACUUCCUCACCUUCGGCUGGAAGUUUCCCUCAGAGGGCUCUCCUGACCGGAAAGACAUCAUCAUGGACGUGAUGAUCGACAGAAUGAAGCUGAAAAUCGCUGAGGCGAGACUGGUCAAAUUGCAGAGCUUACGCGAUCGGGCCUGUAAAAAGGUCCUGAAGAACAUCCUCGAUGGGAGGAUCAACGGCCCUCAGCUCGUUACCGCUAACUUACCAAAAAAGCUGCGAGAAAACCUGAUGAGACGGUUUGAAAGCCAGAUGUGUCUCCCUGGUCAGCAAAGCAUCGAGGAAUUCGAUCGACGCUACGAGGCCUUUGAGAGUUUGUUACCAGCGAACAAAAUUGACCUGCAGGCGCUGAUGAGCUACUGUCCCCUCGACUACGGGACACAAAAACGCAUGCUCAGCAAGGCCGACCUCGAGAAUAAAAAAAAUCUUGUUAAAAGCCUCUCUAACCUACGGGUGCUACUGUUUAAAGAAAAAAAUCUAUGCCUUCCUUCAAACGACACAAGAACCGUUCGUUACCAAACAUGGUUUGAACGCCUGUGCAUCGACAAACUGCCUAACCUGAAAGUGUUCCAACAAAUGGCCGACCACACAGCUGGAACACGAUCAGCAGAGAAAUUCGAGAUUCCAGACAUGAUCAGGAAAAGUCUGCAGCACCUGACAACUGCUCAGGGAGUGGAAGGCAUGCACCUCAUGUUUCCUUCAGUAACUCACUUACGGGUCGAUAAGAUGAAUGAGGAAAAAGAUUGGAGUAACUUGCUCCAAUUUCCAAUAAUUGAAAGCCUCCAAAUCUGCCACUCUCCACCAACAGCAAUAGAACCUUUCUUGGCACAAUACGGCGCAAAUCUGCGAACUUUGGUUCUCUCCGAGAUGAAAGGUGUACUAUUCCGCCAAAUAUUUGAACUCUGCCCUAAUUUGGAAGUUCUGAGUCUGCAAAAUGUGAUUGUUGAUGAUGACACCAAUUUCCUUUUUGAUUUUGCAAAAUUGAAGAAGCUCUACUGGAAACCUAACAAUUCAAAACAAGCCCAUAUCUCAAAUAUUUUGGCAGCCCCUGAUCUGAAGACACUUGAGAUGUUUGGAAACAGUUUCGACUGGAGAGACAUUGAAAAAUUCUCCGCACUCAUCUCUAUGGAAAAAAUCCUUCGCAAGCUGGUCACGUUGAAGUACGUAGGCAGAAGACCCUAUCUGCCUCUCGAAAACAACUACUUAGAAGAGGAAAAUUUUCACCUCUUCUCGGCCAUGUGCAAGCUGAUCAAGAAUUCCAUGGCUUUUAUCCCAAAACUGUCCGAUGUCAGUUUUUUUAUGUGCUGUGGGUGCAGCUGCUGGGAGUCCUGGAACAGUGAUAUCGCUGUAGGAAAACAAAUAGAAGAUAUGACACCAGACCCAAGUUACUGCAACUGUCUGACCGCUUCUGUUUGCAAGGAACUUAAAGAUGAAACAAUUUUCGAUUUCCUUGAGGCUUUCAAUCGCCGAAAUUUGUUUUUGCCGGAGAGAGGCGAAUUUUAAUCAAAUAAAGUGUCGAUUAUUGUACAGUUAAAUUUAAUAUGUGGAGGUUAGUCCAAGCGAGUUCUCAUUUUC